AUGGCCACGGAAGACGCCGCCAUCGCGCGGUCGCCGUCCUCUUCUAGCUUCUCCGGGCAACAGUCCUCACCAGUCAACAGUGCUAAGAGCUUCCAUAGCUCAGCUGCUAGCGACCCCUAUUGGCACGAUCCUGUCGAACGUCUACGGCGGUAUAAAUACCGAGUGGCAUACGAGAUGUCAUGUUUUCGGAAACGCGGGAAAGAAGGCAAGGAUAUUAUUUUGGGACAAGAGCUGCGAUCCCGGGGACGCCAUGGUGAGCUCGUAAUGAGUGACGGCAGCCGACCACCAGACGACAUCAGCUUUUGGAUAGCACGCCACGAGUACUUCGCCGAACAUUUUCGUCAAGUCGAAGAAAAAGAGAAGCCCGACCGCGAGCCUUGUUUGCCCCCAUCUACCAAUUCUCGUUAUAAUUGGAUUCGAGAUUGGGUCACUGACACGCCAGUGGCCGCGACUGAAGCUGCCACUCCACCGCAAUUCGACAUGGACGCUGUGGCUGGCAUACAACCAUCCGAGCCACCAGCUGCCACCGUGUCAGCGCGUCAAACUGAAGCCGAAAAUGAAGGAGCUCAUGAUGAAGUUGAUAGGGCGAGCAAUGGCGGCGCGUCGACGCCGAAACAACUGGAGAGCGACACGUCUAGCAUCGUGCAGACGAAGCCGCCAGAUACCACGGCGACGGAGCAUCAAAACCGAACUGCAGCUAAGCGAGCUCACGAUGAGGCUGAUAGAACAGAGAAUUCCGGCACGCCGUCGACACAACUAUUAAAGCGCAACGCGCCCAGCCUCGCGGAGCCGCGAGAGGCCGCGGCGAUGGGUCGUCAAACCAGAGCCACAGCCAAGCGAGCCCUCAAUGAGGCUGGUGACACGGAUAAUUCCGGCGCGUCUUCGGCAAAGCGGUCGAAGCGCGACGCGUCUAGUCAACCGGAGAACAAAUCCCAGGUUUCUCAGCCCGAACACAACUCGAGCAAAGCACCCGCAGCCCCUGCCGUCGCUCAAAGUCGUCCGGACCGUCGCAGAGGCAAGGCAGGCUUACAGAAAUCGUCAGCGACGCGACAGCCACCUCGUCAGAGUGCAAGGGUCAAAGGGGCCAUAGCAGCGGCAGCCGCCGCUGCCGCUGCCGCUCAUGAUCCUCCGAGCAGUGUUACGCAAGGUGGCAGAGGCGAGACGGGCAAACAGCAAAAGCCUCCGGCAACACAACCACGUCGCCAGGGGGCUCGCAAUGCCACCGUUAAUACAGCCGCAGGCGGGGGAAAAAAGGCAAAGCCUACCAGUCGUGCUGUUGCUGCCAAAGCUGGAGGUGAGAAGGCAAGGCCGGCUGGUCGGCGUACUUCUGCUACCACUACUCGUCGUGCUGUCACUACUAAAGCCGGAGCUACAAAGGCAAAGCCUGCCACCAGUCGUGAUGUUACUGCCAAGGCUCGAGGAGAGAAGUCAAAGCCGGCUACCGAGCAUGCUUCUGCUAGUACGACUCAUGCUGCUACUGUCAAAGCCGGAGAUGUGAAGGCAAAGCCGGCUAGCCGGCGUACCUCCACCACUGCCGGUCGUGCUGCCGCCGCCAAAGCUCCAACGGAGAAGGCAAAGCCAGCUAGCCGGCGUACUUCCGCCACUGCCAGUCGUUCCACCGCCACUAAAGCUGGAGCGAAGAAGGCAACGCCGGCUGCCCGGAGUGCUUCUACUACUGCCGGUCGUGCCGCCGCUGCCAAAGCUGGAGCGAAGAAGGCAAAUUCGGUUAGUCGGCGCAAUUCCACUACCACCGGCCGAGCUGUUGCCACCAAAGGCAAGUGA